CAGCCUUCUGGACUGCGUAGGCUGCUCCCUGGAGGGGCUCUCCGGGUCCCACCCACUGGCUGGAAGGAGGGGACGUGAAUGAAAGGACAGGACAAGCACCGAACACCAUGUCACUCUGGGAGGGACACAGCAGCAACUGAGCUGUGAGAGGUUUUUUUUUUUUUUUUUUUUUUUUUAGUUUUUCUUUUCCCCUUUCUUUUUCUUUCUCCCCCCCCCCUUUUCUUUUCCUUUUUUUUUCUCUCUCUCUCUCUUUUCUUUUUUUUUUUUUUUCGUUUUCUUUAAGGUGGGGAAAGAGACACACAGGAGACAGGAAGCUGAUCUGCAAGAUUUCCGAGUUGUGCUAAAAGGACUUUGAUUUUUUUUUUUUUUUUUCCUUCCUUUACAAACGCUGGCAAUUGACAUCACUACGGACAGCCGGGUAGAGAACAAACUGCCUCAUCCCAAGUGGACCCCAGGCGAGAGCUGGGGAGGCUGUGUGGGGUUUUUCCUACAGAUCCCCCACCUCCCUCUUUUUUUGGUGUGUUUCUUUUUAAAAUUCUUGCUGUGUUGGAACUAGUGAGUGGUGGAAGACUCUCGGAAGCCUCAUCAGUCAUCGGGACUGUCAGGAAUAGUGGUUCCAGAGGAAGCUCGGCCUGGGGCACAUACCCUGUCAUCCAGUUCCCUGCCUCGGAGAUAGAGAUUCCAGCUACAUGGGCAAACGCCUGGAUCAGCCACAAAUGUACCCCCAGUACACUUACUACUAUCCUCAUUAUCUCCAAACCAAGCAGUCCUAUGCACCAGCUCCCCACCCCAUGGCUCCUCCCAGCCCCAGCACAAACAGCAGCAGCAACCACAGCAGCAGCAACAGCAGCGGGGAACAGUUGAGUAAAACCAACCUGUACAUUCGAGGCCUCCCGCCAGGCACCACUGACCAGGACCUAAUCAAGCUGUGCCAACCGUAUGGAAAAAUCGUAUCCACAAAGGCAAUCCUUGACAAAAACACAAAUCAAUGCAAAGGGUAUGGUUUUGUAGAUUUUGACAGUCCGGCAGCUGCACAGAAAGCGGUAGCAUCUCUCAAGGCAAAUGGUGUGCAGGCACAAAUGGCCAAGCAACAAGAGCAAGACCCAACAAACCUAUAUAUCUCAAAUCUCCCCAUUUCUAUGGAUGAACAGGAGCUUGAGACUAUGUUGAAACCAUUUGGACAUGUCAUUUCCACAAGGAUACUAAGAGAUGCUAAUGGAGUCAGCAGAGGCGUUGGCUUUGCCAGAAUGGAGUCUACUGAAAAAUGUGAAGUGGUAAUUCAACAUUUUAAUGGAAAAUAUCUGAAAACACCACCAGGCAUCCCAGCCCCUAGUGAGCCUUUACUGUGCAAAUUCGCUGAUGGAGGACAAAAGAAGCGACAGAAUCAAAGUAAAUACACCCAGAAUGGAAGGCCUUGGCCCAGGGAAGGAGAGGCUGGCAUGGCUCUGACCUAUGACCCCACAGCUGCCAUACAGAAUGGAUUUUAUUCUUCACCGUACAGUAUUGCAACCAACCGCAUGAUUCCACAGACACCCAUCACGCCAUUCAUUGCUGCUUCCCCUGUCUCCACAUACCAGGUCCAGAGUACUUCAUGGAUGCCUCAUCCGCCAUACGUUAUGCAACCAACAGGUGCUGUGAUUACGCCAACAAUGGACCAUCCUAUGUCAAUGCAGCCAGCAAACAUGAUGGGCCCCCUGACACAACAGAUGAAUCACCUUUCGUUGGGCACAACAGGAACGAUUCAGUCCCAAGACAGGAUUAUGAUACUCCACCAGCUGUUGUGUCAGUAUAUGACUGCCGCCGCUCCUAUGCAAGGGACCUACAUUCCCCAGUACACGCCUGUGCCUCCGACAGCUGUUUCCAUUGAAGGUGUUGUUGCUGAUACCUCUCCCCAGACAGUGGCACCUUCAUCCCAGGACACAAGUGGUCAGCAGCAGCAGAUAGCAGUGGACACAUCCAACGAGCAUGCAUCUGCAUAUUCUUACCAACAGUCUAAACCAUAAACAAGACCGAACGAAGAAUGUCCGUCUGAAACUCUGCCUUGAAUGAAGAAACUUCAUUGAACAAGAAGUUGGCUUCCAGUUUUGCACAGGCGUCAAUGGAAUGCUUUUUUUUUUUUUAAUUUUCUACUUUACCCAAUGAAAACAACAUGUUUUUAUGUGCUGUGCAAGUGGUUCCUUCAUGUGGUCUGACAGUUAAUUUUUGCCAUCAUUCUUUUUAAAGAAAAAAAAUAUCCCAGAAGAGGACAACAAGAAGCAAACAAAGCAAAACAUGGAAGGUUGACAUUUAUCUGGAAGAACAUUUGAAUUCAGAAUUUAUCUGAAGGUGUAGAUAGAUUUUUUUUUUUUUAAACGGAAAAUCUGAUGUCAAGAGGUGGGCAAGCAGAAAUGGAAACAAAUUGUCUUCCUCAGUCAUUAAGCUACUCUUUCUUUUUCCCUUCUUGUUUAAAUCUAGUGGGUUGGUUUUUUUAUUUUUUAUUUUUUCUUAGAAAUAUUUAGGUAAGGUUUAUCUUGAAUCUUAAUUGCCUUAAUUUUAAGGACGUCAAAGGCUCUCGAGGCAAGCUCUCAACGUCUUGUUUAAAAAAAGAAAGAAUUGAAAUAUUGUGCCAGCUCUCACUGGUACAGAAGUUUAAGACUAUGAGUUUUUAGGGUGAAAAAAAACUGUACAGUUUAAAAGAAAAUGUUUUUCUUCAUUUGAAGAAAAUUUGUUGAUAAAAGAAACCAUGGCAACUGCAAGAAUUGGGAAAAUGCUGGGACUUCUCAUGAACUUUGUCUUAAGUGUUGAAUCAUUCAAGAAGGCUAAAACAUUUUACAGUAAAGUUAUUAACGUUGGUUUCAAAACAACUGCAUUAGAAAUAAUGCGUGUUUGGGGGGCAGAAUGCAGAUUUUUUUUAUUUCUGAAGCGUGAUGGCUAGCAAAAGCUUUAGUGCUUUUUAUCUGCAGUCUUUUUUAUGAGCUUUACAAACUUUUUAGUCAGCUUUGCUUGUCACAUUGCAAAACCUAGCUUAAGAGCAUUUAAAAAAAAAAAAGUAGAUAGGAGCUUAUGGUCAAAAAGUGAAAAAAAAAAAAGCGCAAAAAAACAAAAAAAGCAAUAGAUAGAGAAAUUGUUGACAAUUUCUGUAGUCUUUCCUAGUUGUGAUCAAAUUCAGCCUAUGGAUGGCCUAUUUUAUACCAAAGAUGAAGUGGCACCCUAUUGCAGUCCAGAAGAUAGAGGUUGUUUUUCUUUUCUUCUCUUUUCUUUUUUAAAAUUUUAUUUGACCUACAUGGCCGGACCAGUUCUUACUUUGUUGUUUGUUUAAACUACCUUCCACUGGUGUUUUACAUACUGCAAAAAAAAAAAAAAAAAGUUGUUUUUAUUUUAAAUGUAUUUUUGUUGAUAGUAGAAGCUUGUUCCUGUGUGGUCAGCAAUUUCAGCACCAAGAGUUCUGGAUUCCAACCAAUACAGCCAAAUGGCUUUAAAUUCCAUGUGCUUUUCUGGUUCCUUCCUAGCUCUCUUGAAUUGUGAAGCCUGUAUUGAUGGCCACCAAUGAGCUAAAACACUUGUUUAACAGGUUGAAACUUCUUUAUAUGAAUUUUGAACUCAAGAUACUCCCUGAACUGGUCUGAAAGAUCACUUGUCAAAAAAGCUCAGUGAUGCUCUGUUGAGUGGUGAGUGGUCUCCUGAAAAGGUCUCACUGUACUUGUAACAAUAGUCUUCCUUCUAAAUACCCGCACUUCUAGAUUUUGUCUUCUCGCCUCAGUCUUUGUCAUCAUCUACCGUGAAUAGCCACCUUGACUCCGCAAUUGGGGAGGGGAUAUCUUUUUUUUUUUUUAAUCUUUUUUGCCUCUUUUCAUUGUAUUUUCAUAUCCUGGUGGUGUCAGAAGAAAGAGAAAACAGACUUUUUAAUUUCAGUGUAGCUCCCUGAGGCAAAUAGGACCAAUAAGAUUGAGGAUUCUAUUAGUGGAAUUUAGGUAAGCUUUUAAUGCUAGUUGACAAUCAAGAAAUUGUAUGAUUUAUAUGAAUAAGAACCCAAAUAAUUAGAUUUGAUCAAUUAUUAAAGCCAAAGGUGAUAUAUUUGCAUUGAGAAUGAUGCAAAACAUUGUCUAAAAUGAAUUAAAUUGACUUAACCAAACAUCUCUGCAUAUUUGAGUCAUGAAAUCCAUGUUCAGCCUAUACAGUUUUACCUGAAAUGAAGGACAGUGGAACUUUGUCAAUUGAACCAUGUGCUGGAAUGGCUUUCUAAUGUAUCAUUAGAAUCAAUAGGUGAAAUUCUUCUCACAAAGUCACAGGAACCUGCCUUAGUCCAGAAGGAAGAGGGUAAUGCAUACAGUGCACUGUAAAAGAAAACAGGGUAGGUGUUUAAAAACUGAAAUAUUAAAAAGUAAAGCAUAUUCCCAUUAGGUCAACAUGAGUAAUGAGUUUGACUCAUAAAAAAAUAAUCAAUAUUCUACUAUUUAUGACCUGUAAACAAAGGCCUAGUGUUGAAAUAAAUCCAAUUCUCUUAUUUGAAAAACCCCAUGAAUUGAAAGCUCAUUAUCUAGAGAGUGAUUCCAUAUCUUUGUGGUCCAAUUCGAGGCAAAAAUAUAGCUAAGGCAAUGUAGCAUGUGCUACAAAAAAGUUUCAACUGGUCACAGCCAUCCUUAUGGUUUUCCAUACUUUAGAGAGAAUCCUAAAUUUAUACUUUCUUCUGUUCCAUUUUUCAGCUUUCUUCUGUUCCAUUUUUCAGCUUCUCAUGUAUUUUAAGGGUGGCACUUAAGUUUUCUCUUUGAGAAAUGGGCCCCCAAGUUACUGGGGGAUGAACAAACCUGUAUAGGAACUGUGCUUUUUGUUUCUCUUUUUCAGUCUCUGAACUCUUUGUAUAAAUAAGGAUUAUCCUGGGCAUAAUUCAUUUGAAUAUGAAAUCAACAUGCUUUCUUUUUCUUCUGUAAAAAAAGAAAACAAAACAAAACAAUGUGAUACAAAGAAAGUCUCAUUUACACAAUCAACAAUGAGACUAAGAGGUAGCUACCAUGUGGCUGAUGAAUGUGCCUAGGUAACUUCCUGUUUCUAUUCAAAACUACUGCUUUAUUUAUACGUUCAGCAACAUUUUUUUCAACUAUAAAAUUUCAAUAAUCUCAAUUUUUUUAAACCACUUCAGGCAAAUUUUAUCAUUUUGCCUGUGUCAUUUUAUGUGUCCA